GAUAACUGGACCGCAUUUAGAAUAGUUAAUUUAUAUGAGCAUGGCCUUAACAGCAAGACGCCUGAGUUUGUCUCGCGUAAAAAGAUAUCAAUUCGUGGCACGAUCCCCAAAAGCAGCAUUUUGAAAAAGAUUGCAUUCGAGAUCAACACGCAUUUUCUAUCUAUACGUGAUUUCAAAAACGGAUCGUAACUUUGGCGACUGGAGUAAAACCAUUCUACCAAGGUAUAAUCUGACUCUCUUAUUCUGUUAAUCGGGUAUUUUUUCCGUACCCCAUCGUUAAAGUGGACAUGCUCAGCACCUACAUAACAGAUGCAAGUUUCUGAGUGAGUCCCCCGGUACUCGAGGCUUCAAACACGACCAAGGACGCCCACGAAGGAGGAGUUAUAGAAGCUGAUAGGGAAGUUUAGCGGAACGGUGCGAGAAUCCAACGGGAGAUUAACGGGCUAGCUAGGAUGGCGAGUAAGCGGUCGAUGAGCGUGAUCAAGUUGGUGGUUGACGGUGAAAAUCCCGCGAAGAAAACGCUCUUCCAAAGCAACAUGAGCGAAGGUGAGACGGCAGAGUCUUCCUCGGAGGAUGAGCACGAAAUAGAACUCGAAAACGGGUCCGUCGACGAUGGAAUUAGGAAGACAGACGUAGACAACCAAAACGAAGAUGAAAUGCACAAGACUAAGAAAGAUGAAACCAAGAAAACGACUGGCAAAAAGACCGUAGCCCAAAUGGUCAAAGACAAGAAGAAACAAACUGCACUAACUUUGCAAUGGUUGGAAGAGAAUUACUGUAUAUGUGAGGGAGUAUGCUUGCCACGGUGUAUUCUUUAUUCACACUACCUCGACUUUUGCCGCAAGGAGACUCUUGACCCAGCAUGCGCUGCUACGUUUGGCAAGACAAUUCGACAGAAAUUCCCAAAUCUGACUACAAGACGACUUGGAACGAGAGGCCAUUCAAAAUAUCACUACUACGGUAUUGGUAUCAAAGAAUCCAGUGCUUAUUAUCAUACAGUCUACUCUACCAAGGGACUUACAAGAUUUUCAGGGGCCAGAUUAAAAAGCGAGGGUGGUUUCACCCGGAAGUAUUCCUUAUCAUCGAAGACAGGGACACUACUGCCGGAGUUCCCGGAUGCUCAGCAGAUGGCCCUACCCUUUGUUCUGUCAGCGGAAAGGGUCGAUACCCUUCUGGUGAUGUACAAGACUCAUUCUCAGUGUGUACUUGACACAAUCAUCAAUUCAAGCUUCGAUGAGAUUCAGAACUUUCUGCUGCAUUUCUGGCAAGGCAUGCCCGAUCAUCUCCUACCCUUGCUCGAUAAUCCCAUCAUGAUUGACCUCAUUUGCAUAUGCGAUUCGAUACUCUACAAGACAGUGAUCGAUAUCCUUAUUCCAGCUACCAUGCAAGAAAUGCCUGAAAGUUUACUGACGGAUAUCCGACGUUUUACUCGGCAAUGGGAGAUAUGGCUGACGUCAUCACUUGAGAACCUUCCCGACACCCUCAAAGAAUCCAAGAUGACCGUGGCUAGACGCUUUGUCCAGUCGCUUAAAAGACAAUCCUCGUUCCUGCACUUAGCUCAGACGGCUCGUCCUGUUCUGUUCGACCAGCAGCUCGUUGACCAGAUGAUUGAAGACCUUGAGAAGGUUGAUCUGUGCUCUAUUGGAUCUCAUGCAAUGCUGUCUGUUAGUCAAGAUGAAACUGACUCGGAACUGAACACUGAAUUUCUGAAUGACUUUAAGGAACUUCUGAAGAAACAAGCCACGGUGGAGGCUUUUACUGAAUGGCUUGACCAGGUCGUCGAGUCAAAGGUCAUCAAGCCGAGUAAGCAGAACGGGCGUUCCUUCAAGAAGCGAGCUCAGGAUUUCUUGCUGAAAUGGUCUUUCUUUGGAGCUCGUGUCAUGCAUUCACUAACAAUUAAUAAUGCACAGAGCUUUGCGUCCUUCCAUCUGAUUCGGAUGCUGCUUGAUGAGUACAUUCUCCUGGCUGUGGAAAGCCAAUUCAACACAGAAAAGGACAACGACCUUCAAAAUCGCCUGGAGAAACACAUGAAGGCCUCAGGUAACACUCAGAGACCGCUAUCCAAUCCUGCUGGGUCUUGUUUCCUUGCUAACCGCAACGGAGUACAGAGACAGCAAGCUGGCCUUGCGGACCAGUCACAGUGCAAACGGGAAGAAGUGAUCGACCAUAACCGCAACACGCUUUAUCCCGGACAUAUGAGCUCCCUAGCGCCUGGAGAAAGAGACUACCUCAUGCCUUAUGGAACCACACCCCAUCAUCAUUCCCUCGGGUCACGUACCAACCCAAUGUUGACUCCUCCCAUCUCGCCUAUCGUCAUGCGCAACUCUGUCAUCAACCAAACGCCUCUACCGCUGGCGCCUCAUGCUGGCCCCUCCCACAACCAACCUUUCAUGCCGUCCACAUCUCCGCAAGCUGGUUUCCCCUAUGUUAAUCACAUUCAGGGGCAGGAGCCCUAUCUCUCUUCUGCGAGGACCCAAAACUACAUGGCCCCAUACCCAGCAUCUAACUACUACCACCAUCCAACUGUAUUUCCUCAGGGCUACAAUACGUCACCCUAUUACCCACGCCCUCACGAUUCUGCAGAUGCAGGGGGCGUGGCCUACACAGAUUCCUACUCACACCGAGAUGAUCGUUACUAUGGCAAUUGUGCAAUGGGCGGGGAAAGGCAGGAUGCAGCGGGUUCCGCCUACCCCUACUCCAAUAGCUACAACCAAGCUUAUUACCACCCGAAUCAGACAGCAAGUCAAAACAAACCAGUCGCAGCGGAAAGGGUCUCAGUCAUCACCAGUAACUCAUUUGCCAAUCGCACCCGUCUGGAACAUCAGACGAACCCUAAUUCAGACAGCUACGCACAGGACAUGCGACCCUUCGAGUACGCCAGCCAAAAUGGCGGCCGUCAUCCGCACGAGCACUUCAGCGACGAAGCGGACACGUUGCGUAUGCUGGAAGCGGCGUGUGGAGAGCAGGGAAAGAACCCUGGACAUCAGCAUCAGAACAACUUCAUCAACCCUUCGGCAUUCCAAGAAACAACCCAUCAGGACUACCCUAUGGGCAACAAUGGACUAGUCCCAAGUCAAAAUGGCUCAAGUGUGACUUCAGAUUCCUAUGGACAGCCUGGGAUCUACCAUCCAGAGAAUGGGGGAGCGACGCAUGGAUUGUCACAGAGGGAGCACUUGGAUAACAGUACCGUUUCUGCAUUAGGAGCUUCUACCUCCCUCAGUGAAAAUGCACAUGGACCACCUUUACCUUCUAUUAAUACAGUGUUUAGCAUUUGAGAGAGAUAAAGAGAGAGGGGGAGGGGAGAGAAAGAGCGAGAGAGAAGCAGAAAACAGCAUCCUGGUUUAAAGGUUGCUUAGAAGUAAAAUGCAGAGGCAUGAAAAGAAGUUUGUUGAAAACAAAACUGAAUACUUUGUGAUAGUUCUUGUAAAUGCAGGUGUACGAAAACCAAAAAAAGGACAUUACAUGCUUUCACGGAUGUGAUGAAUAGACAUCAAUAUUUAAUGAAAUAUCCUUGCCUAAAUAGUGUUUGAACUAUGAAUACAUUUAGAAUAUUGUUGUAGUUUUGUAGUCAUUACUCCAUAUUAAUAUUUUCAUGCUGGUCAUGAUAAUAAAACCGUUACCCAUUUAUUCCAACUUCUUGUAAAAUACAAACACCUUGUAGUUAAUAGUUUUGUGUGGUGUGUGAUCUUGUUAUAGCUAGUCUUUCAAAGUUG